AUGGCCAAUCAUUUGGGAGCACUUACCGAUCUUCUUCCAAGCGAUGAAGUCAAGCUUCGGGCCGUGCUGAAAACACCCUACGACAGGGUGUACAGACUCUCGCCCGACGGAAGCACCUUUCUGGAGCCGGUGCUGCUUAUAGGCACGCCAGGACAGGCUCCAGAGGCUGUGAUGAAGGACGACGCACACAAGCGCCUUCUGCUUAACCCCAACGACAAGACGCUCAAGGAUGCGCACAAGCACUAUUCGGACAACUCUAGCAAGUUCAAGAAGAUUCGAGAAAUCUUUGGCGAGGGCAGCAAGUACCAUCCCAACCAACUCAUUGCCAAGCAGUAUCUUCCCCCAGAUGGCCUAUGCCAGAAAGAGGUCAUGUACCGGCUCGCAUGCAAGAUCUCUGAUCUCCAGCAUCUCUACCGCAGGGGAGAGCUUGCAAUGGAUCCGUUUGACUUUAUCAGAUGGCGCAUCAUCAAGAAGGCGGGGAGCUUGCUUGAGAAACCAGGCGACACUCCGAAGAACUUCAUUCGGACUGUGGUCUAUAAGCUCUGCGAUCCGGAUUCUCAGGCCACUGGCGCCAAAGUGUACCACGACUCCGUGAUGAGACAGGCGGUUCUGCUUUCGGCUGCCCAGCGCAACCACCUGGGCAACUACGGCUCCAAGGGAAAGCACCGGAAGAACAGCGCUACGCAGCAGAGGCCUUUGCCCUACAGAGAGGCUGCUUCUCGGGCUGUGGCUCGACCAGUUCAACGACGUGCUCGCCCUGCUGCUGGACCACCCAUCUACGCCGGCGUGAAUGCCUUUCGGGCUGGACAGCAGCAACGACAACGCACUCAGCAACGCGCUACUGGCAAUUAG